GUGUGUGUGUGUGUGUGUGUCGCCCCCCGGUGGCCUUUUAGUGACAGUGCAGCGCUGAAAGUGAAACCAGUGGGCGGGAGGCAAGUGGUGAGAACGUGUUGGGACAAGUUGCGAUUCUGAGCAGCCAGUCCCACGUGCUCAAUAGUGACGUCAUAAUAAAACACAAAUAACUUGUAAUCCAAAAAAAAGCUUGUCAAUGAGAAAAAACUAGUACCUAAGAAUAAAGCAAUAGUGGCGCCCUCUGCUGGACACGUGUGCAAGACCAAUGAUCAUUGAUUACUAAUUGACUAAAUAAUUGACGUUUGAGUCAAGUGUUUAUACAACGUCUGUGUGUUUUUCUUUUUAUCUUUUUUGCAAAACUUCCUAAAGUAGUAUGAGCGCUAAAAAGGGCGUAAAAGUCAAGAUAAUAAUACAGACAGGAAGUUACGUCACAUUCAAUGCAAUGCAACAUUUUAAUAUUGACACUGCUUCUCUUCUUUUUUAGGAAUAUUCAUUUAUUAAACAUUGCCUGCAGUACAAUAAACGGCCUCAGUUUGUACAUUGAGAAUAUCAAAACUUAAAAUACUUGUAUAAACGUGGCGUAUUGUUAUUGUUUCAAACGAUAUCAGUCACGUGAUGAGGAGUUUUAUACUGAAGUAGGGCGGAAGUCGAGGCGGUUCAAGCUUUUAUUUGUGAGUGGGGCAAACCGGAAAUGGCGUCUCCUGGUGGUGAAAGCAGGUGCCAUCGCCACGGAUAAAGUGACAAACAAACGUCUUCGGAGGACGGUACUUCUGGUUGGACUCGCAGGCACGCGUCUGCGCCUGCGCCGCCAUGACGAGGCUGUCGGCGGCCGCCUUGAGGCUGACGCACGCCUCGGUGUGGUGGUCGGCCUGAGUCAGGUUGUGCUGCAACGCCUCCGCCAGCUCUGAGGACACAUGAUGACAAGCACGCUUCUGCAGAAUGUUCUAAGGCAGGGGUCCCCAAACUACGGCCCGCGGGCCAGAUACGGCCCGCCUGCAUCCAAAAUCCGGCCUGCGGGUAGUCCCGACUAAAAGUAGACCUGGCCUGCUGGACUGGACUAAACGGACUCGGCACGGAGGGGUUCUCACCAGACUGGGCUGGCACCGGAGCGGCUCAAGUUGACAGGAAUCACAUCCUGACAUGCCUUUUGGAGGCGGAGCUUAGGACAUGGCCGCUGAAGGCCAUUUGAUAACAUCAGAUGCCAGCAGCUGUCAGUCAAAGCCAGCUCCUGGCGGCAGCGGGCCGAGCCCUUCAGGUCCGGAGACGUGGACCACACCACGAUGACCACCAGCGAGACGACGGACCACAGCGCCAACAGCGCCAGCGCCACCUUGGUGCAGCUCCCCGACGACUUGGACGGCGUCGCCAUGACGAUGAGCGGUCCGCAUGGAGCUGGAGGGGGCGUGGCUUCCAGCUCCGGCUGAAAAUCGGGAGAUUUUCGGGAGAAUAUUUGUCCCGGGAGGUUUUCGGGAGAGGCGCUGAAUUUCGGGAGUCUCCCGGAAAAUUCGGGAGGGUUGGCAAGUAUGCUUCUACACACAUUUAUGUACACAUCAUUAAAAUGAUUCUCUCUUCAGUGUUAAUACAUGAGUGGGCCCCGGGCCCCUCCUGAAGUCUAAAAGGUUAGGGAACCCUUGGUUUAGUUUGUUUAUAUUCAAAAUGUCUCAUGUUUGAAAAAGACCAAAGUAUGAAAAAAAGCAUUAGUCCUUUUAGUUUUGUUAGUCCGCCCUCUGCUGGAGCUCAGGAGAACUGCAUGAAUGACUAAUUCUGACAAAUUCUUCUUUAAUGAAUGAUAGAGGCUUUUGGCUCCGCCCCCUUAUUUGGCCACACCCUCGGCUCACCUUUCAUCCCGCCUGUGUAUAGAAUAUGUUUAACGUCUUCAUCAGUCUAAGACAAAACAACACUUCCUGUUUCCUGUUUUUCUCCUCUCCAUCGUCACGCUCCGACGAGGAAGGGACGCUCUUUCAACGGACUGCAACACAGACGGCACGCUUUUGGCUGGUGAAGGUCAGAAAGUUCUAUUGACUUUUUAAAUAGGGCCGAGCGCUACAUCGUGGUUGUGAGGAAGAGAAAGUAAGGCUGACUGACCUCUGGCCCCGACGCCACCACCAUGGACACGCCCCUCGUCCUGCUGCCGCUGCUACUGUGGUUGUCCAGCGCGCACACGGGCCGACACGGCGCCGCGGUCUUUAGUGACGAGACCCGGCUGAUAGUGGACGUGGAUGAGGACCCAGGUUCUGGUCCCUCCAUUGACAUUCUGGCCCCCAUCCCAUUCGCCAGCGGUCCACAACCUCGCCGCCUGCUGGUCUGCAUCGUCAGCGUGUCGGGCCCGUCGCCGCCCGACGUCCUGUGGUGGGUGGACGACGCGCUAGUGACGUCUGCAGGUGCGCUGCAGUCGACACGGGCAGGGCCAGGCGGCGGACACAGCACCUCCUCGGUGUGGGAGGUGUCCCAGUGGCGGUCCGGCUCGUCGUACUGGUGCGGGACGGUCCAGGGAGGACGGGUUUACCGGCGGAGGCUGUGCUCCCAACAAGAAGCAGGCUGAAGAAGCCCACUCACAGGAAAAAGUACGGGCUUCUGGCCAACUCGGACUCGUUCGAGAUGGAGGCGGUGGAGAGCGACGAGGACAACACAUUGUACGACGCUCGCAGCCUGCGCAG